CCGCGUUGUCCCUCAGUGGCUACAUCGGCACCCCUUCUUGCCUUCUUCUCUUAUCCUCAGCCUGGUCUGCUGCAUUGCCCUACCUGAAUCAGCCUCUCGCCUGCCACAAAAGUCGCGUUCACUCACGAAAAGCAGCGCGCCUCAAGUAGCCACUAGUCAACCUUGUUGUCAGCACAUCUCCGCAUCUUAUCGGGUCAACCUGCCCAUCUAUCCGCGCAUCGUCACCUACAUUUCCACCCAUCCUCUCCACUAUGCCAUCCGACGAUACAUCUUCUACCUCCGACUCCGAACUUUCCCUCUCGAAGCUGUCCCUGCAUUCGAACGGGUCGCAAUCCGAACUCGACUGGGACCGCUCCAUCUCCGUCGAGGGCUCAAUGCCACCAUCGCCAGGGGGAUCCAAGCCACACAUCACGCCCCGGAAUUCGAUAUUAUUCCCCGCCAAUGGUGAUGACGACCAGGAUGCCACCCCCGGCCGCGGCAAGCCGGGUAAGCGCUCACUAAGUGAGCUCAUGCGGCUGCAUGCGGAGAAGGGAACGGACUGCACCUUUAGCCCCGAAGAGGCUGCACGCGUGGCGGAUGUCCUGCGGGAUUGGAUCAACGCUGGCUCGUCGCCGUAUGAGGGCGAAGACGACUUCUUCUCUCGAGACGACUUGGAUGUUCCUUACAAGGGGAAUCCUGCAUCGGCAAUCGAGGGGCGACCGCGCGGUCGUAGCGACCUUGGUGGCACAUUAUCACGGCCCACGAGUGCUGCCGGCUCGGUCAAGUCAUAGCCCGGCAGAGCCUAGUCGGAUCGUCUCUUGCACUUUUUCUCUCGAUUACUCGUUAAGCAACUUGCUUUCCUCUGCUUUGACUUACGAACUGCAAUGACCGUUACGAUUUGCGAAGAUUACGACCUCUCAUGACCCCGAAUGUAGUCCUUAGACUCUCUUCCGCUCCGUGUUGUAGUCUUGCUGUUUUCGUCUUUGCAAUGGAGGCCAGUUUCACGAUUAGGAAUCACAGGAGUACAAUGGGGCCAUCCUAGGGAUCUUUGACCAUGAUAUCUAUUAAUGCUGAAAUCCGUCGAAGAUAGUUGCAACGAGUGAAAGCCCCGCUGCGGUGGACGGCACUCGGCUAGCAAGACGAAGACAUUCGGGCAGUGUUCCUCUACCACUUCUGAGAUCAACACUGUAUGGAAAAUCCUUACUUCGGUCGGAUGGCACAGCACUGGAUAGCUGAAGCCUAGGUUUCUGCGACCCGAAUCCCAGACCGGAGCAAAGUCGGAGUUUCUUAGCGCCCUUCAGCACUCGCCAGGGCUAAGAUAGCACGACAGAGAGACUUCAUUCUAGCAUCUUUGUAUAGGCGAAAGAGUAUAUCCGAGACACUGUCAAUAGCGCUUGUUCUCAAACUAGCAAGUGCGUAUUACUUAUGCGAUUCUGAUGGGUUCUUGAGUGUCGUACUUAAGUCACGCCAUGCGGCAUGGAAGGCCAAUGCACAGGCCCAAACAUCGGGAGCGGUCCAACCGAGUCGUGUCCACGACGAUCGCCUGUAGGGCGCCAGUGCCUCUAGGUCUCCGACUCGCAAGUUCAAGCUUUCCCCAGGCGGACGAAUCGUCUAGGAGGUGCCAAAAAUACCGUUCGGCCCGAUGAUGAACCACAGGAGAACGCUCAACCAAUUCGGUGUCGCGGAUGACAUGAGGAGAGUUGUGAA